AUGGCUACACACACGCAGACUGAAAAUAGACAGCCUACGUCUAUCAUAUUGCUGGGAAUGGCUGGCAGUGGCAAAUCCACCGUUCUCCAACGCCUCAACAGCUACCUUCACGCACAGAACGAUGCACCAUACGUAAUAAACCUUGAUCCAGCAGUGCGAGAACUUAACUACUCGGCGAAUAUCGAUAUAAGAGAUACAGUAGACUACUCUAAAGUUAUGAAGCAGUAUAAUUUGGGUCCCAAUGGCGGUAUCAUCACGUCACUCAAUCUAUUCACAACAAAGUUUGAUCAGGUGCUGGGAUUGAUAGAGAAGCGUAAAAACAGCGUCAACAACAUUCUCAUUGAUACGCCUGGUCAGAUUGAAAUAUUUACCUGGUCUGCAUCCGGUGCGAUAAUCACAGACGCUAUAGCUUCAGAGGUGCCGACGGUGAUUGGGUUUGUUGUGGACACCCCACGCACAAUGGCGCCAGCGACUUUCAUGUCUAACAUGCUUUACGCUUGUUCAAUUCUUUACAAAACUCGCCUUCCACUGCUUCUGAUAUUCAACAAGACAGAUGUACAGGAUUGCUCGUUUGCGAAUGAGUGGAUGACUGACUUUGAGUCAUUCCAGGCUGCGUUGAGCAGUAGGAGCGCUACCUCCACCCACGCCUCCACCAACCAGAACGAAGAACCUAGCUAUAUGAACUCGCUGAUGAACUCGAUGAGCUUGGUGUUGGAAGAGUUUUACGCUAAUAUUCGAUCUGUUGGCGUCAGCGCUAUGACGGGAGAUGGUAUGCCUGAAUUCUUUGACGCUGUGGACAAGUGCAGAGGUGAUUACUACAGCGACUAUAAACCAGAACUCGACAGAUUGCGCAAGGAGAGAGAGGAGAAGAGCGAGGCUAGCAAGCAGGAUAGCAUAGAUAGGCUGAUGAAAGAUAUGAAGACGGGUGGUGAGGAAGAGCAACCCAUCGAAUCUGAUGCCAGUGAGGAAGAAGGCGAAACGUUAGAUGCACAGGAUAUGAAAGAGAGAAGGGGUAUGAAUGCUACAGCUAACGACCUCCCACUCACUCUACUCAACGCUGCACAGAAUAAGCCACUGCUGGUUGAGUUGAAAUCAGGCGAAACUUUCAACGGCCAUUUGAUAGCCUGUGACAACUACAUGAAUCUCACACUCAAGCAAGUCUUUCAAACCAGUCCAGAUGGCGAUGUUUUCUACAAAAUUCCUGAGUGUUACAUACGCGGUAAUACCAUCAAGUACAUUAGAGUGGCCGACGAGCUCCUUGAUCAGAUAAAGGCGACACAGGACAGGGACAGAGAGCAGUUCAAGAGUCAGAGAGGUUCCAACGACAGAAGCGAUAGAGGUAGGGGUAGAGGCGGUAGAGGCGGUAGAGGCAGAGGCAGAGCUAGAGGUAGAGGAUCACAUAACAAUAACCAGUAA